AUGGAAGACACAGUCGCAGACUCUACUAGACAUGGCCAGGUCCAGGUCCAUUUUAUUACGAGUUCUGAGGACCCAACAAUCGAGCUGGAGGAGGGGAAAAGACAGCUUCUUGUGCCCACCAACGUGCGCAGAUAUGGUCUCUCCCAGAUUCUGAAUUCCGAGUCUAUGCUCAACACCGAUGCACCAAUUCCUUUCGAUUUCCUCAUCAAUGGAACCUUCCUCCGCACAACCCUCGAAGAAUACCUCACGGCGAAUGGCCUCUCCUCAGAAACGACUGUCGAUUUGCAGUAUGUCCGGAGUUUGAUUCCGCCGUUGUAUGAAGCAAGCUUUGAACAUGAUGACUGGGUCAGCUGCGUGGAUAUUCUGUCUGCGACGUCAAGAGCGGGGUCUUGGGAUGGACAUGAUGUAGUUCUGGGGCAGGAGCGCAUACUCUCCGGAUCAUACGAUGGAUUGCUGAGAGUGUGGAAUAAGUCUGGACAAACAAUUGCGACAUCAGCUUCGUCCAGCGCCGGAGGUCAUUCAUCGAGCAUCAAGUCUGCGAAGUUCAUUUCGCCUACACAAAUUGCCUCUGCUGGUCUGGAUCGCACAAUCAGAAUAUGGAAAUAUGCGGAAGCGGAAGAUCACUUCUCCGCGACUGUGAAGCCUACAUUAGAGCUGUACGGCCACAGCGGCGGGAUCGAAUCGAUCGACGUGUGGGGGCCUUCGAAUCAAGUGCUUUCCGGAUCGACAGAUGGAACUAUUGGACUUUGGACAACUUUGAAGAACUCGGCACCAGAGGCGAACCCCUCCCUCAUAUCGUCUGGACCAACUGCAAAGCGCCGAAAGCUUACCACCUCGACGUCUACAGCACAGCGUGGUCCUCUCUCCCUCAUAGGCUCUCACACUGGACCCGUAAAUGCAGUCAUUUUCAACCCACUCGACCACACUGUUGCAUACUCCGCAUCCCAAGAUCACACAAUCCGAACCUUUGACUUGACUACGUUCAGUUUGGUCGACACAAGAACAACAUCACAUCCGUUACUUUCCUUGACUGCCCUGCCAGGUAUCAGCCACCAGUUAUUAGCAGCAGGAACUAGUGCACGCCAUAUCACACUCCUCGAUCCUAGAAUAUCUUCUCAAUCUACACAGGUCAUGACUCUUCGCGGUCACACCAACAAGAUUGUCUCUCUCGCCCAGGAUCCAGAAAGCAGAUUUGGACUUGUCAGUGGAAGUCACGACGGGACCUGCCGAGUAUGGGAUCUGCGAAGUUCAAGACAGGGAACUAAGGAUGAAGGUGGUGGUCAAGUGGGUGAAGCUGUGUAUGUCGUGGAGCGAGAAAGCCACAAAGAUGGCAAGAGGCCGGUUGGUGGAGAUGGUAUCAAGGUCUUUGGUGUGGCAUGGGAUGAGAAUGUUGGGAUUGUCAGUGGAGGCGAGGAUAAGAUGCUGCAGAUCAACAGAGGGAGAGGUGUCACAAAAGCAGCUUCAUAG